CAUUGUUGUAGAACGGACUAUUACAUCUAAUAUUCAGUGGCUUGAUAUCUGAGUAUAUAUGAUCUACCACCAAUCCUUUUCUUCCCUCCUAUUAUUGGCAUGGUAGGAGACUUUGCAGAGACAUGUGUCCUUGGAGGGAUGACUUUGGAGUGCUGUGUCCUUUAUUAAAUAUAUUGAUGUAUUGACGGACACAGUUAGCACCAGGUUAUAUGACUUACGUAAUGUUAGGAUGCUGAUAUUGAUGAAAAUUGACAAUUUGACAUUGAAAUUUUAAAACUGUAUCAGCUGCUUGGUCAAAUAUUUAAAUGUGAUGCGGUAGACGAGAAAAACCUUUGAUGGGAAUCUUGGAGUUUGAAUAUCCAUGGAUUUAAUGACAGCCUAAAGAGCUGGAUAGUAAGGAACUGAGCCGGUAUCUUGGGAUCAGGCCAGCUUAUUAGAGAAGGACAUAGCUGCGCUACGAUCAGACCUGACAGGAAUCCACGUCUUGUGUUGUUGGUAUUGAGCAGUGAGAAUUUUAACAAUCAAAAGGUGUACCGUAAUGGACUUCUAGAGGAGAGGUAGGCAUGCCUCUGUUGUGUCUAAGUGGACAGCUUUGGUAAUUAUUUUGGGGAAGCUGCUUUUCUGGGUGGCUGAGUUUAAUGGACCAUGGGGAAGCAACAAAGCAAACUGGACGCUACGGACUUGAAGGAACUGCUGGACUGCACUUACUUUGACAAAAAAGAAUUGCUCAAUUGGUAUCGAGAUUUCAUGAGAGACUGCCCCAAUGGUGUGCUGAAAAGAGAGGAAUUUCACACAAUAUAUCAACAGUUCUUUCCAAAUGGUGACCCGACCAAGUUUGCCAGUUUUGUCUUCAAUGUGUUUGAUGCCAACAAGGAUGGCUACAUAUCCUUCAAAGAGUUCAUCUGUGCUCUGUCGAUUACAUCAAGGGGGUCUCUGGAUGAGAAACUAGACUGGGCCUUUAGUCUUUAUGAUCUGGACAAUGAUGGCUACAUCACAAAAGAAGAGAUGGUCAGCAUCGUGGAUGCUAUUUAUAGCAUGGUGGGAAAUCUUCUAGACCUUCCCAAGGAUGAAGACACCCCAGAAAAGAGAGUGGAAAAGAUUUUCUCCCAAAUGGACACAAAUAAUGAUGGUAAAUUAACAAAGGAUGAGUUUCGAGAAGGUUCAAAGUGUGACCCUUGGAUUGUGGAAGCACUGACCACUCCUCACAGAUAAACCAGCCUCGCCAAAUGUGUUGUUGUUAUGUAUCCAUAUAUUGCCAGAAAACCUCACAGAACAUCGCAGUUCUGUGAACAUCAGAGUGAAAUUUCCUGCUGUCUCCCUUUAAUGAGGAAGAUCUAAACUGCUCCAGAUAAAAUGCAUCCCUUUUUAUAGGACUUCCUUAAAAGACUGUCACUAUUAGUGUAAAUGAAUCAUGAAUCUUCCAGAUUUCCUUCACUUCAAGUGAUAUAAGAAGUCAAAUUAUCGAUAACGACAAAAGCAGUAAUCGGCUCAUUUAUUGGCUGAAAAGAAUCUGAAUCUGUCAGACGGUAUGGAAAAGAUAUGGAAUUUGCUAUUAUUCUGUGCUUCUGUUGUAAGCUUUUAUCACCAUCAUUUAUUGACUGAGAGACAUUAAUCCAUCACUUUUAUUUUUUAAUAGAAUCUGUUACACAUACAUGACUGUACAUGUACCCCACACCUUACCUUACUGCAUUCCAUUAAUUAUGCCAUGUGUAUUACAUGUAGAAAGAAAAUGACUGAUAUAUAUAUUUAAUAAAUCAAUAAUACAUCUA